AUGUCGUUUCCACAAACAACUCCGGUUCGCCCAGUUCCUGGCGCAUUCUUGAAUACGCCGGCUGUUGCUUCCAGAUUUCAGCAGGGUCAAGAUCCUGUGCGCCGACAGCUGUUCCCAGUUUCUGAGAGCAGCCCGUCCGUUUCGAAUCUUAGGAGUCCUGCGCCGCCAUCUUCAGGCUCAUCGCGACCCGUCAACGCCGCUGGUUCAUUAGUACCUAGGUCAACUAAUAGCGAUGGCUUGAUCGCUCCCGCCCAGCUGCCACCUCCACGAGCGGAGAAUGUAGCCCCCGUUGUCAAGGCCGCCAGGGCUAUUAACCAAUGCCUUCAGGCCGAUGGACGCUACCCCGACCUCGAUUCAUACUGCAGACAGGGCGCGUCUUCCGAUUACGAUCUCGAAAACACCGAUUCCGCCAUGGCCCCAUUUCACAAGACUCAAAUGUAUCCUAUCCCGAACCAAGUCUUCGAUCACUACAACGCUGGCGAGCUCCAAACUCUUAUGGGUCUAUUUGCUGAGAUUAACCAUGCUUGGGUUGUUAUUGACAACUCCUUGUUUCUAUGGGACUACACGCAUCCUGACCCCGAGCUCAUCGGAUUCGAAGACUCACCGCAUACUAUCCACGCCGUCGCGCUCGUUCCCCCUAAGCCGGGCAUUUUCGUGGCCUCAAUUACUCAUAUUUUAGUCGUCGCGACCUCUCAGGAGAUAGUGCUACUGGGUGUUGGAGCUUCCGAUACUCCCUCCGGUACCAAGUCAGUCAGCCUCUACCAGACGAAAAUGAGCCUUCCUCUUCGUGGCAUCGAAGUUCGCGUAAUCAGUGGAUCCGCCAACGGUCGAGUUUUCUUUGGUGGUAGCAACGACAUCGAUAUUCAUGAGCUUUACUACCAAUCCGAAGAGAAGUGGUUCUCCAACCGAUGUGGAAAGAUUAACCAUACCAACCCCGGCUGGUCUUCAGUUGUCACCCUACAAGGAGGUUUCUGGUCGCAAAAGUCUCCCGAACACCUUGUUGAUAUCGUGAUCGACGAUUCGAGAAGCCUUGUAUACACCCUCUCGAGCCGCUCAACCAUCCGAACAUACCAUAUGGAGUCGCCCGAUCGACUGAACAAGGUUAUCGAGAAGGAGAAGGUCCACUGUCUUCGAGAUAUCGCCCAUAUGAUCAGCCAGUCUCGUCUGUUGACCGACAAGGUUCAAAUCGUUGCGAUUAGUCCCAUUUCUAAACAGGAGGCAGCGAAAUUGCAUCUGAUGGCCUUGACAAAUACUGGAUGCAGACUGUUCUUUAGCGCUACUAGUGCUGCGUCCUAUUUGUACGGCUCAUCGACCAACCUGGCUCCCCAGAGUAUGCAGGUUCAGUUUAUCAAGUUUCCUCCAGGCCAGAGCGCUAGAAGAUCGCCCUAUCCUGGUGGUGAAACGAUUGUCGAUCUCGAAUCCCCUGCUCUGACAAACAGCCGAAAGGGCGCGCGAUUCUCGCCUGGAUACUUCCUCGAUUUUGUCUGCAAGGAAACGAACCAACACGAAGAUACUCUAUUUAUUUCUGGACCCGAGACGGGACGUCUUAAGAACACAGUCCCCACCUCGCCUCUGAAAUACCACGAGAGCGGCAUCUGGAUUGAUAUUGGAAGUCGGGCUGAGGCGGUGGGACUCAUUGGAAAGCCGUUCGCCGCUGCAGGACAGCCUGUGGGUUUUGGUAACGAGCUGGCUGUUCAGUUCGACGAUGCGCCCAGCGAGUUUGCGAUUCUCACCAACACUGGAGUUCACAUCAUCCGACGUAGACGUUUUGUGGAUAUCUUUGCUUCUGCUAUUCGAGGUGCUGUUGGAGACGAAGGAUUAGAGCUUGUCUGCCGCCGGUUUAUUAACACUUACGGCCGAGUGGAGACAGUUACUACUGCUUUGGCUGUUGCUUGUGGUCAUGGAGGUGACUCCCGACCUGGCGCAGCACGUGCGAUUGACCAGGCCACUGAAGACCGGGCCCGAUCCGUCUUUGUCGACUUUGGUGGACAGCCCACCAUGGCCGAGACUGACAGCGCAUCUCUCACAAUAGACUCUGUCAACCUGUCUUCCCGACACGACGCCCUGGCUCUGUACCUCUCUCGACUGAUUCGCCAGUUGUGGAAGUCUACAGUCAUCACCCCUGGUGUGUCCCCUACGGGCGGCAUCACCAUCGCUUCUACAAUCCCUCUUUCUAAGCUCAGCACUGUUCAAGAAGCCCUGGAGCGUCUAAGGAGGUUCCUCGACUCCAACCGUGGCCUUAUCCAGGGUCUGUCUGGUCCUUCUGAUCUCCAGCAUGUGUCUAGUCGCCAGGAGGAGGUCGCCCUUCAAGCCGAGCACCAGGCUCUGCAUGCUCUGCAGAAGUUGAUGGAGAGCAUCUCAGAGGGUAUUUCCUUUGUUCUGAUGCUCUUCGACGAGCGCGUGUCUGAUAUCUACACUCGUCUUGACGACACCGCUCGCCAACAGCUUAGGGAACUCACAUACGAGAAGCUUUUCUCUCAAACAGAUGGCAAGGAUCUGGCUAAGCUCCUUGUCAAGGCUAUUGUUAACCGCAACAUUGAGAGUGGCUCCAACGUUGAGACCGUUGCCGACGCCCUGCGACGCCGAUGUGGCAGCUUCUGCAGCCCAGAUGAUGUCGUCACUUUCAAGGCCCAAGAGCAGCUCAAGCGUGCUUCUGACCAACCUCUUCAGACUAACCAGUCCCGAAGCUUGCUGCACGAAAGUCUCAGACUAUUUGAGAAGGUUGCUGGCAGCCUCACUUUCGCCAACCUCCAGACCGCUGUCCAACAAUAUAUCGACCUCAAGUACUAUGCCGGCGCUGUCCAGCUGUGCCUGGUUGUGGCACGGGAGAAGGAUAGGGGUAACACAGCUCUUGCUUGGGUCAAUGAUGGCAAGCCUUCAAGUGACCCUCGAGCCAAUGCUUUCAACGACCGCAAGCGUUGUUAUGAUAUGAUUCACGAUGUCUUGAGCCACCUGGACGCUGCAUCAAGCAGUGAGCCUGAAAUGGUUGACGGCCGACUGACUCUUAUCGCAACCAAGAGGCUUGAGGCCUACAAGGUGGUGAAUGAGUCCGAUGAUGAGGUGUUCCAUUUCGACCUUUAUGAGUGGUAUAUUCAACAAGGAUGGACCGACCGCAUCUUGGCUAUCGAAUCGAACCACGUGGUUACCUUCCUCCAGCGACUUGCUGGUACCAAUAUCGAGCAUGCUGAUCUGCUGUGUCGUUUCUACACCAACCGCAGCCGAUUCUUUGAUGCAGCUGAGGUUCAGGCUGAACUUGCUAACUCCGAUUUCCCCAUCAGCAUCAAGGACCGAAUCAGAUUGCUCAGUCUGGCCAAGGCCAAUGCCAAUGUCUCUACAACUGGUAUUAGCCGACAGCAGCAGCAAAUGCUCAACCACAGUGUCACUGAGUUGCUCGAGAUUGCACACAUCCAGGAUGAUUUGUUGGAGCGAUUGAGAGCUGAUGACCGUAUCGAUCCUGAGAGGGCUAUUGAGAUUGAGGAUGCUCUCAAGGGCAAGAUUCAAGGUCUCUCCGAGCUGUUUAAUGACUACGCCGACCAGGCCGGUUACUACGACCUCUGUCUGCUUAUUUACCAUGUGGCUGAUUACCGUAACCAUAUGACGAUUUCGGGUACCUGGAACAACUUGAUCCAGCAGACACACGAUGAAGUCAUGUCUCGUCUGGAGAUGUCAGAACCCGGCAUGCCCUCGCCACCCCUACCCUACGAAGCCGUCACCAGCAAGAUCCAAAACAUUGCCCACCGUACAUCACUCGACAGCUUCAUUUUCCCCAUCCAAGACCUCCUACCAGAACUCUGCCGCUACGCUGUGGCGCAACAACAAGAUGCCACAAUUGGUGCUGAUCCUACCUGGCCAGUCCAGCUGUUCCUCACCUUGGGUGUUUCUCAUGACAUGAUUGUCCGAGUGCUGGAAGGUGUUUUCGAUAGCCAAGAUUACGGUUUCAGCGGAUCCGUAAGAAACCGCAUGAUUGAGCUUAUUGUUUAUGUUGUUAGCGACUGGGUGGCCGAAGCCCGCCGACGUGGUGGUGCAGGCAAGGGCGGCGCCAUUGGCCCCUCUGUAGCCGACCUCCUCAAGAGAUGCGACGCCGCCCUGCCUCCUCCCGGACAUGGCAACAACGCCGGCGGUGCAGACCUGGCCGAUGUCAGGCGGGUGCUCAAGGGACUGAAGCAAGAGGUUGAGGGUCUUUCGCAACGGGUGCCUACAGGAAGUCUCAGAUUUGCAUAA